AUGUCUUCUCUCGCUCGUCCCAUGCUCCGUUCGCCCGCUCUCCGCGUCGCCGCCCGACGCUUCGAGAGCACCGCCGCCCAGAAGGCCACCGAGAACGCAAAGCAGGCUGCCUCCAAAGCCACCGAGAAUGCUAAGUUGGCUGCCUCAAGGGCCCAGGAAGGUCUGUCGCGUGUCACAACCGCUGCUGGUCCUGCUAUUGCUGGUUACGCCAAGGGCGUUGCCAGCACUCUAGGCAAGGUUGGCGGGCGAACGGGCAAGGUCAUCGGCUUCAUUGAACGACAAGUCCCAUUCGUCGUUUACUACUCCAAGGUCGCCCUCGAGCUGGGCAAGUUCAUUUUCCACAAUCAGAAGAUGAGCCCUCCCAACCUGGCCACCUUCCAAAACACAUACCAGAGCAUCAUCAAGUCCAUCCAGAACCGUACCAUCAUCCAGUCUUCUCAGAACGCCAUCCAGCAGGUACGGAAUAUCGGUCCUGCUCAGCUCGCCGCUGGCGGUGUUGUCGCAGCUGAGGUCCUCGGCUUUUUCACCGUUGGUGAGAUUAUUGGACGAUUCAAGCUUGUUGGCUACCGUGGCGAGGCCUCUUCCCACCACUAA